AUGCGUACCAACGCCAGGCACUCCCCAGCGCACUUGACUGCAGAGGCCCGCGCCAACGCGAUCAGUGUUGGCAAGGACCGGCAGAUCCGUGACCUGCAGCAGACGGUGGUCAACCAGCAGGCCCAGCUCAACGCCCCGCCGCAGCCGAUCAUCGUUCAGCAAGCGCCAGGUCCGCAGCGCUUGCACAUCCGCGUCCACGCCCCGCGCACGUUCUCCGGUGUCUCCAACGACAAGGGCGUUUAUGACCCCACGCCACAGGACUUCGUCUGGAACGUGCGGAACUACCUCGUUGCCGAAGAGGAAGCCGCCGGUAACCCGCUCACGGACCACAACAAGAUUGUCCUGGUCUCCACGCUUCUUGACCAAUCCGCCGCCAUGUGGUACGAGCAGAUCAUGGCCGAAUAUGCGGAGUAUCGGCGGAUGGCGCUUCAAGCCCAGCAGCAGGGACACCCGGUACCGGCUUACACUGGCCCGCUCGUC